AUGCUUUAUGCUUGCAAAAAGAUUUAUGGACUAUUAAAUAAACAAGAUUCAUUUUUACUCAAAACACUUGAAGAACAACGGUGCACAUUGAAAUCAAGAGCUGAUCGGCUAAAUAAAACGCUUACAGAAUGUGGUUGGAAAAUUUUGCCAUCCCAAGGUGGUUUAUUCAUGGUUGCUUCACCUGUUAGUUAUUUUAAUAAGGUUAUUGAAGUUUCAAGUUCAUCAGGAAAAUUCAGUUAUACUCUAAAUGGAAGCAAUAUUCACGAAGCAUUGUUUUAUGCAACAUGUCUAUUAAUAAAUAAUGAUAUAUGGACUGGAAUUAAAGGAUAA